AUGUCAAAACAGGUUGUUCUUGUCACUGGUUGCUCUACAGGCGGCAUUGGUUAUUCACUUGCAAAGAAAUUCGCAGAGAAGGGAUGUCUCGUAGUAGCAACUGCUCGUCGCGUUGAAGCUUUAGAAGGCCUAGAAGCGUUUGACUGUGAAAAAGAAACAUUGGAUGUUACAGAUAAGAAAUCAAUUGAUGCAGUAAUCAAAAAAAUAAUUGAUAGUCAUGGUCACAUUGACAUCUUGGUCAAUAAUGCAGGCUCGCCUGCUGUUGGUGCCUUGCUAGAUAUUGAUAUGUCAGUUGUUGAACAGUGUGUUAACACUAAUGUUUAUGGUGUGUUAGCUAUGUGUCAGGCUGUAGGAAGACAUAUGGCAGAGAGAGGUCAAGGAAAGAUUGUCAACAUUGGCUCUGUAGUAGGCUAUGGAGGCACACCUUGGGCAGGUAUUUACUCCAUGUCUAAGGCUGCUGUUCAUUCCAUGUCAGAUGUUCUUCGUAUGGAAUUGAAGCCUUUUGGCAUUCAAGUUGUUGUUGUUGCACCUGGUGCUAUUGUUUCUAAUAUUGGCAAUGCUGGUUCCAAAACAGUGCAUGUUCCUGAAGAUUCCCUUUAUACCUCGGUUUCCAAAUAUAUUAUUGGUCGAGCCAAUUUAUCCCAAGGUCCUGGCUCAACUCCAACAGAUGUAUUUGCCGAGCACGUUGUCAAGAAGGUUACUCAGCCAGUUGCUCCUCGUUAUGUGACUUUUGGUGCUACCUCUUGGGUCUUUUUGCUGCUUUUUUACCUUCCCUUAUUUAUCAGAGAACUGAUCUUUUCCAAACGCUUUGGUGUAAACACAAUUAAACGAACAAAACAAGAAUAA